UCAGAAGAUCGGCUAAAUUGAAGAGAAUUGGAAUAAAUAAACAAAGAGCCUCAGGGAAUUCGUCAGUUGUCUUGCUGUGCGAAAUUACCCAACAGAAAAAUCCUCAACCAUCUUUUACGAGUAGCCUCAAUUACGUAACCAAACUGCUUUUUGUUAAAAUAUUUUCAUUGUACUUAAUGUAACGUUUUAUUAAAGCGAAUUAUCAUGAUUGAAUUGUCUGAACUUCGUAACGCCAGAAUUACCCAAAAUGCACGAGUUCUCUAAGGGUGCCUGACUGGGAUGAAAACGCCAAAACACAUAGUAACCUCAUUUUCAUUUUCGAGGCGCCAUUCACUAAACAUAUGUUCCCUGUGGUGUGCUUAAAUAAACGAAGGGAAUAUUUCCAUAUUUCUCAAUCAUUACGAAAUGAGACAAGCGUUUUAGCGAAAAAACUGGCAGACAUCGAAUCGGAGAAAGUUGGGGUUAGUUAUUAAUUUUAUGUAGAGGGAUUUUUAUAAUGUUUUUUUUUCACAUAAAUUAGUUCGAUCUAAAACCUUUUAAUUGUAACGACCUAUGAUUACUUUUCAUCACCGUAGUAACACUACACCACAAAGUGUGAAAAAUUAUUUUUUUUGGUGAAGGUUAUUAGAACACCCGGAGAGCAUCUUUUUCUAAACCUCUGUCAUUAUUUCAUUUUGUAGCAAUACAGAAACAAAUAAUCUAUGUCCUAGGUAUAUCUCGAAAGAAGGCAUUUUUUUAGUUAUCCACGUUAGUCAAUUACUGACACGAUUUUUUUAGUAUUUAUUUCAGACAUUUUUGGCCGGUUGUGUUUUUCGAUGAUUUUUGACAAUUGUAAAUCAACUGAGCUGGAUGACAGUUGUCUGCACCGAAUCAGAUUAAUUCCUUAAAGCUGUAUUUUCCUCAUAGCGUUUUUGUCUCUCUUCUCCGCAAUUUGUAAAACUCUCCACUAACGAAUAUGUCGUGCCUUUCACAUCGAGAUAUACUAUUAAAUAUUUCAUGUGUUUACGAUAAAGUCUUUGUCAAGAGGAAAUUGACGUAUCUCUAUUAGGCGGUACUACCGCUAACCAAAUGUCAUUUUCGUCAAACGCUCAUUUCUGAGUGGUGGAACUAUUGUUGUUAUGGUAAUUUAUCCCAGUGUAGAUAAUAAAAGCAAAUAGUCAAAAAUUAAGGGGUGAAAAAGCCGUCUAUUCCCACACGACAAGAAGCGCGUGUUAAAGGCACCGUUCUCCGACACUUCCAAAUCAAGAAGCUUAAACAUGGACGAGAUGCCAGUUGGACGGAGAGGUCUUGUAGUUCCUCAGAAUACUUUUCUAGAAAAUGUUGUUCGCCGUUCAAAUGGACUACACUCGUUAUUCGUACUGGGGAACGCUCAGAUUCUAGAAAAUCCCAUUGUUUACUCGAGCGAUGGGUUUUGCAAGUUCACGGGAUACACGCGAGCAGAAGUGAUGAAGAAAAACUGCGACUGCAACUUCCUGUUUGGUCAACAGACAGACCCCGAGACAAUAAGAGAGCUCCAUAACGCUUUGCAGGCGAAGGCGGCUAUUCAAAAAGAGUUCAUUGCAUAUAAAAAAGACGGUACACCAAUGUGGGUUUUGUUCCACCUUGGACCAAUCAAAAACGAGAAGGGCGAAGUGAUGUUGUUCCUUGUGACGCUGAAAGACAUCACGGAGUUUAAAGAUCCUAUUGUGGGCACAGACAACGGAGGCCCCAAGGGAUGGGCACGACUCAACAAAACUCUCACGCGGCAUAAAUCAGUUCUUGUCGCGUUCAAACAGAAAACUACAACUCAACGGAACGCACAGCAAAUCAACAGUCUUAUGUCGCUGAAUGAUGAUGUGUUACCAGAUUACAAACUCGACGUGCCCCAUAGGCCACCGCGGGUGAUUCUUCAUUACACCACGUUCAAAACAACCUGGGACUGGGUGAUACUCUUCCUGACGCUUUACACCACGAUCUCCGUGCCGUUCCUCGUCUGCUUCGAAUUCGAGCAUGACGCCGUCUCUGUCUUGGACCUGCUCGUUGAUUUAAUGUUCUUAGCCGAUAUUGCCUUGAAUUUCCACACGACUUAUGUUGGAAAAGAUGGCGAAGUUAUUGACGAUCUUAAGAUGAUUCGUAUGAAUUACAUUCGUUGUUGGUUUUUUCUGGACUUGGUUUCUUCGCUGCCAUAUGGGAUACUCGCUUACGUAACGAAUAGUAACGCGAGCAUGACAACUUUACUGGGAUUCCUGAAAGUAUUUCGCUUGUUAAGACUGGGGCGAGUAGCAAGGAAAAUUGACAAAUACCUGGAGUAUGGUGCGUCUACGUUCUUUCUCCUGAUGCUGUCAUUCUGUCUCGUGGCACACUGGUUUGCCUGUCUUUUCUACUUAAUCGCCACAAAAUACGAUAACUAUGACAAGUACGGAUGGCUGUAUAUCUUAGGGAACCAGAUAGGGACUCCUUACAAAAUGAGGAACGAAACGAAUGAAGUAGAUCCGGAGACGGGCCCCACCUAUGCCGCCAAAUAUGUCUCUGCUCUGUAUUAUACGCUGACAAGCUUAACAACGAUCGGGUUUGGAAACAUAUCGCCUAAUACAACCGCUGAAAAGCUGUUUGCAUCUAUCACAAUGUUGCUGGGAGCAAUCUUGUUCUCGCUCAUUUUCGGCCAAGUCUCUGCUAUACUUCAACAAGCACAGAAAAACACAGCAAAAUACCAUUCGAUAAUCGACAACAUGAAGCAGUUUAGUAAACUGUAUAAGCUUCCAGCAAAUCUCGCGACCAGGACGAUUGACUUCUUCAUGUCCACGUGGGCAAUGAACAAAGGAAUCGACACAGAUGAGGUCUUAAAGUAUUGCCCUAAAGAUCUCCAAGCAGACAUCUGCGUUCAUCUCAAUCGAAUGAUCCUCGAGAACAAUCCCGCGUUCCUGGAAGCAAGCACGGGAGUCAAACGAGCGAUCGCCCGCAAUUUUUGGAUCUCGCACGUGGCACCUGGCGAUCGAAUCAUUCAUCAUGGAGAAAGUUUGGAUGUGAUAUACUUUAUCGCGCGCGGAUCUCUCGAGGUCAAACAGGGAGAAACUGUUGUCGGUUUGCUAGGUGAGAAUGAUGUGUUUGGGGACAACAUCUGUCAUGAGCCCACAGUAGGUCAGUCAGCUGUGGACGUGUUUGCAUUAACGUACUGUGACCUUCACUGGAUUCAGAGAGACGCACUCAUCGAGGUGCUGGAGUUUUAUCCAGAUUUUGCCAACAAAUUUACCAAGAACCUUGUGCUGUCGUACAACUUAAGAGAUGAGCUCAAGAUUCGUAAACGCACCCCAAAGUUGGAAAUAGCCAACGAGGAACAAAGGGAUAGACCAACGAGUGUCACAUUUCGACACAGGAAGCAGAAUCGAAAGCUGAGUCUGGUCGAAGAAUUGGCGCAGAACUACGAGUUUGACGAUAGUCAGGUGGACGGUGGAAACACAAGUGAAACAGAGAUCGACAUGAUGGUCCUCCCGAAGACACAAACAAGAAGUAUGGCGUCGAACAUUGUCCGAACGCGUCCCGAAAUCCCGGAAUCGGGCACCGACGUUUUGUCGAGUUUGUCCGAAAUGAAAGGCGAGGUGAGACGAGAAAUCGAAGUUAUGAACAUGAAAAUGACUCAACUAGAAGAGCAAAUCUCGACUAUUAUUAAUAUUUUGAAAAGCCAAGGACAUUUGCAUAGUCCACGGGGUUACGGAUCCCCCAAUACUAGUUUUGAGAAAGGAAGAAUGUCUGCUACUUCAUACCUUAAUGAUACUACCCCUCCAGAGGAGGCUCCAAGCAACCAGAAAGACAAAGAGGAACGUUUACCGGAAUGGCUCGCCCCGUCCGGGUCCUCGGGGACUCGUGCUGAUAGCGUGCCAGAGUGGGACGACUCUACUACUCAGGCACAGGAACAGAACUCGGCCCAGGCUGCCAGUUUAUUGAACAACCAAACAAACAGAAACAAUGCAGAACCCGAUCCCAGACUCCUUCAGACGUUAGGCCUUUUUAAAAUGGGCAAAAAAUGAGGACCACGAAAAAGAAAUCCAUAGCAGUAUUCACACGGCAUUUAGAUGUAAAGACCUGUAACAAAUUCGUGUAGUAUAAGAUACCCGCGUAGAGCGAUUCACGAUAUCGGUCGCGCCUUUCACGUUCGCGAACUUCAUGAAAGAAAAUGAAAUAAGAUCGCAUCAGACUUGGAGGCAAGAAGGUCAGGAUUCAUUAGCACUUCGUAGAAUCUAAAGACAUUAUUCUACAAACAAGACUAUAGUUUUUCAAAUCAGGCGGCAAGAAUCUUUGGCAUCGUGGAAGUAACUUCUGGGCUGGCUGAGAGGUUCAAUAGCACUAGAGAUGAAUCAUAGACAACUUUGAAUCCAUACAACCAUCCAUUCGAAUAGUUUUAGUUUACGAUACCGAAACAAAUGGCGAAGAAUAGAUCAAACUUAGGCGAUGGUUUCAUUUCAAAAGCCACAUGUGGCAGGACGUCAAAUGGGGUUAAACAGUGCAGUAUGUUAGAGAAGAUUUAGGGGAUGGAUCAUUUUAUUAAGGAAACUACCUGGGCUGUUAUUUUUUUUUUGUUUUAUCUGUUUACCAUAUUUGAAUUUUUUAGAGUUUCGUGUAAUCACAAGUUCGGUUAUAACUGGCUUUAAAUUUGCUGUCAAACAGCAAGUGAUGUUGAUAUUUAAAAACUUGUGAUGAUGUUGAUAGUUACGAUGUUAGGAAAGUUAGUUAAAAAUCCGGAGUGCCUUCUUUAGUCAUGGUCAAACUUUCUUAGCUUUGUUCAUGAUAAAACCACAGUGCCACGGCUGCCACGGUGUGAGUAAGGGCGGUGAAGAGUAAAAAAGUCGAGUAAAAAAGUCGAGUAGAAAGUUUGAUGUUGUAGUAACAAAAAAAUGUAACAUAUUGUUUACUAUUUGUUUAUUUAUCAAAUUAAAAUAGCAUUGUAAUCGCUUGAAGUAUCAAGAUACAAACGCCAAGUUUGCUCGCCAAGGAUAACUUAUAGUUUUUGUCACCCACUUUUUUCCACAGAUACUCCCCUACACGUUCCCAUCGCAAGAUACGCAUUUCUACAUAGACAAUGUUUAAUGAGUCAGCCGUUAUUUACGGGAAAAAAGUCAGUAAUAAAAGGAAUCCUUUCAGAGUAA